AUGAACGCCUCAUUACUAGUCGCAGUAGCAUUUAUUGCAACUUUCUUCCGAGUCAAAAGUCAGCCAGAGAUCACUGUUCUGGAUUCAUACCCCAUCGCGACACUGGUUCGACAUCUUCGAGAGCAGUUUGUCCGUAGUCUUGGCCCCAGCAGCGAAGACAUUUACAAACUUAAACUGAAUCUUAAACUUGGUAAACUACAAAAGCAAUUCCCUCCAUAUGAAACGUUUCCAUGCAAUGAAACAAUCAUGCGGAGCGCUACAGUUCCUGAAUCGGUUCACACCUUGCGACCAGGAGACAUUGACAUUGUUGGAGCACUGGGCGAUUCCCUCACGGCAGCUAACGGUGCGAUGGCCACCCAGAUAACAGAAGUGUUCAUCGAGAACAGGGGCCUUUCAUGGAGCAUUGGAGGUCAAGGCACGUGGAGACAGUUCCUAACCAUACCAAAUAUUCUCAAGGAAUUUAACCCGAAGCUGUACGGAUACUCGAUUGCAGAUGGUUCAGCAUUUCAAAGAUUAUCACGAUUUAAUGUAGCGGAGACAGGAGCGAUGACUCAGGACUUACCAUUUCAAGCAAAAAACCUAGUCAAACGAAUGCUAAGCGACUUGAAGGUUGACGUUAAAAAUCAUUGGAAGCUUAUUACAAUCUUGAUUGGAGAUAACGACUUCUGUUCGAACAUGUGUUACUUGAAAAACCCAGAACAAAUUUUGACUAACCAUGAGCAUAAUCUCAUCAGCACUUUGCGCAUUCUAAGAGACUACCUUCCACGAACCAUGGUCAACAUGUUCGGCAACUUACGAAACUUUCAGGCCCACAUGAAGACGAAGUUGAACAAAAUUAUGCUCACCUGGAACGAGUUACAGCGAAACGUAACCGAGCGAGAAGAGUUCAACAAUCGGUCAGAUUUUAUCGUCAAUUAUCAGCCAUUUGGCGAGGAAAUUACCAUACCUCGAAUGAAAAGCGGUAGCAGUGAUUUUUCCUAUCUGUCCUUGGACUGCUUUCACUUCAGCCAGAAAGGAUACGCCACGGCAGCGAAUGCCCUUUGGAGCAAUAUGCUGGAACCGGAAGGUCAAAAGACGAACGAACCGCGGUAUGAAUUUGACAUGAUUCGCUGCCCCUCGCAGAAGCGACCAUAUUUGAUGACCAGAGAAAACUCCAGAAUGCACUAA